AUGCAUCUGUUCUGUGCAGGAGUGCCCGGCGCCCCAGCUGCCCCCGGUGCCCCAGGCACCCCUGGAAGACCAGGCACCCCUGGCAGACCUGGUACCCCCGGUGCACCAGGUGUCCCCGGCGUUGGCACACCAGGUGUGCCCGGCACACCAGGUGUGCCCGGCACACCAGGUGUGUCCGGCACACCAGGUGUGCCCGGAACACCAGGCACCCCCGGCUCCCCUGGUAUCCCUGGCACGCCAGGCUCCCCUGGCUCUCCAGGUGCCCCGGGCGCGCCUGGCAGACCCGGCACCCCUGGGACACCAGGUGCCCCCGGCACCCCUGGCACCCCCGGUACCCCCGGCACACCAGGCACCCCUGGCACACCAGGUGCUCCAGGUGGUCCCGGCGCACCGGGUGCCCCACCUCCGCCGCCUCCACCACCACCGCCGCCACCGAACGUGGCCACAUCUCCGCAGUCAUUCCCUGUUGGCACACGGGUUCACUUUGCUGACAACCUGGGCCAGUUCACACAAGGAUACGCGGAGAAGAAGGGCGCUGUGGUGACUGAGCACGGCAGGCUGGUGCCGGUGAACAAUGGCUGGGAGGCGGUGCUGGUGAAGGAGGGCUCCUACACCUACACCAGCCCCGAGGGCAAGCAGGUGUCGCUGAGCUACGUGGCCGACGAGACGGGCUUCCACCCCGUGGGAGACCACCUGCCCGUGCCGCCCACCCCCGUCACGCCCGCCUUCGUCUAG